UCCACUGGUGUUGUGUGACACAGAUUUGAGAGGGACUAGUCACUUGCAUGUCAACUAGGGUUUGUCCAUAAGAUAAGUAUCAAUUAUUUAACUUUGUGUCUUCCAUUUCUAACUUUUCCAACCUCAAGCAGCCUCCAAUUUCCUGCUUCACUCCUAAAAAUGGCCGUUACCUUCUCAAAUCUCCACACAGACGCAGGCCUCAAGUCCCUCAACGACUUUCUCUCUGGGAAGACCAAUGUUUCUGGGGAUCAGUUUACAAAGGACGACAUCAAAGUGUACGCUGCCGUUUUAGAGAAUCCGGGCGAUGCUUUCCCCAGUGUUGGCAAGUGGUACGAGGUUGUCUCAUCUAACCUUGCUGCAAGUUUCCCUGGCAAUGCUCAAGGGGUGAGAUUCAGUGGUCAAGCUUCUGCUCCCGAGGCGGCUCCUGCAAAACCGGAAGCUUCUGCUGCUGAAGAUGAUGAUGACCUUGAUCUCUUUGGCGAUGAGACUGAGGAAGACAAAAAGGCGGCGGAGGAAAGGGAGGCUGCUAAGAAGUCUGCCAAGAAGAAAGAGAGUGGAAAAUCUUCUGUUCUGCUAGAUGUUAAGCCUUGGGAUGAUGAGACAGACAUGAAGAAACUGGAAGAGGCUGUUCGCAGUGUUGAGAUGCCGGGUCUAUUGUGGGGAGCAUCCAAACUGGUUCCUGUUGGUUAUGGGAUCAAGAAGUUGCAGAUCAUGUUAACCAUUGUUGACGACCUUGUAUCUGUGGACUCCCUUAUUGAGGAGCAAUUGACAGUGGAGCCCAUCAACGAGUAUGUCCAAAGCUGUGACAUUGUUGCAUUCAACAAAAUUUAAGUUUUCUUGUUCAAAGUGGCUGAUUAGCCUGUUUUUCUUUGAUAAGUCUCGACCACUUCCUUAAUCAUUCAUGUCUAGUUUGUGUUUCAGUGGUGGCUUUUUGUUACUAGAAUUAUGAGAAGUUAAAGGAAUAUAUGAUCUGAAUAUCUAUGCGCUAGUGUUUCAUCAAUGUUAUUCUUUUUGAUAAAA